AUGUCCAGGCAAGUUCCCUGUCAACUCAUAAAUACGAUAUCGAUUAAACUCUCGUUUAGCUCAAAGGCCGCUACUCUAGCAUCUCGUCUCGUUCAACCCAACAAUCCAGGGGGCAGGGGACGACACGACAGUGACGAGGAAGAUGACGAUGAAGCCAUCUUUGCUGAACUCGAGGAAGAGAUCGAAAAUGACUCGAGCGCUUCAGUACGAGAACACGCAAUGAGCCUCUUGAAGAGAGAGAUGGAUCGCGUACGGCAGCUGCAAGAAAGCAAUCACGGUCAGUACACGGAAGUCACGGAUGAGAAAGAGGUUAUCCGUAUUACAUCCCGGGAGAAGCGGUGUGUAGUGCAUUUCUACCACUCGAACUUCAAAAGAUGUGAGAUCAUGGACAAGCACCUAGCUAAAAUAGCGCCCAAAUAUUUCAACACCCUCUUCUUCCGAGUGUUUGUCGAGAACAUCCCAUGGCUGGUGGAAAAGCUGGCGAUCAAGGUCCUUCCGUGUGUGAUCUGCUUCGUAGACGGGGUCACAAAGGACAGGUUAAUUGGUUUCGAGGAGCUCGGUAACAACGACAGCUUCGACACUGCAACCCUUGAACUCCGUUUAAAGACAUCUGGUGUUUUACAAGGUGCCAACCCAAAUCGUCUCGAUCCUGUAUUCCGGGUUUCCUCGCAGAAGAAAGAUGACGAUGAUGACGAAUUCGACCUGUAA